GCGCAUUCUGAACGCUCAAAGGACACGGUUUGCUUAGUAUCGUAUUUUAAUGAGCACGCGACAGCGAUGACAGAACCUGAAUCCAAGUCAUGGAGCGCGUAACUGUGUUUCCGGAGCAGACGUCCAGUCAGCUCAAGGGUUUGUUUGGCAGAGAUGGGCUCAGUGACCUCAGCUUUCACCAAGUCUCGCAACACUCUGGUCAAAGUGGGUUUGGAGCCGCAGAAAGAGCCGGACGGGAAAGCGCGGAGUGGGUCUCGUGUGAUCGAAAAGCAAACUAGCAAACAACCGCUGGCUCGGAAAACAACCGGCAGCUGCAGAGCAAACACACCGCAAACCCCUACCUCUGCAACAGUCGCUAAUGAGGAUGGUGAGACCAACAGCAGGCCACUGGCGAGAUUUGCACGCUCAAAGUCUCAGAGUGCACUCUGGAACACGCUCACUGCUGGGACGGGUAAGAAGGAGAAGGUCAAAUUUCAGAGGGACAUUCCGGACGAUCCACGCAGAAUAGAAGAGAUCCUGGCGGAUGAGCUUCCCUCUACAGACGUCCCAGAAGCAACCGAGAAAACUGCCGUCAGAUUACGAUGCUUGGUAAAACAGCUGGAGAGGGGAGAGGUGUCUCUCGUAGACCUGAAGAAAAACCUGGAAUAUGCUGCGACUGUUUUGGAAUCGGUCUAUAUUGAGGAAACAAGGCGAUUGGUCGAUACCGAGGAUGAGCUCAGCGACAUCCAAUCAGAUUCUGUGCCGUCAGAGGUCCGUGAUUGGCUGGCCUCCACCUUCACGCGGCAGAUGGGGCUGAUGCUGCGACGGACGGAAGAGAAACCGCGAUUUCGCAGCAUCGUACAUGCAGUGCAGGCUGGGAUAUUUGUGGAGAGAAUGUACAGGAGAACCUCUAACAUGGUGGGACUGAGUUACCCUCCGUCUGUCAUAGCUGUGCUUAAGAAUGUGGAUAGGUGGUCUUUCGAUGUAUUUGCUCUGAACGAGUCGAGUGGUGACCACGCUCUCAAAUUCAUCUUUUACGAGCUCCUCACUCGAUACGACCUCAUCAGCCGCUUCAAGAUCCCCGUCUCAGCACUCGUCUCAUUUGUGGAGGCUCUUGAAGUGGGUUACAACAAACAUAAAAACCCCUACCACAACCUGAUACACGCAGCCGACGUCACUCAGACCGUGCACUACCUGCUCCUCAAGACGGGGAUGGUGCACUGGCUGACGGAGUUGGAGAUCUUUGCGAUGCUUUUUGCUGCUGCCAUCCACGACUACGAACACACCGGGACCACAAAUAACUUCCACAUCCAGACCAGGUCGGACACAGCCAUCCUGUACAACGACCGCUCUGUGCUGGAGAGUCAUCACGUGAGCGCGGCGUAUCGGCUGCUGCAGGACGACGACGAGAUGAACAUCCUGUACAACCUCUCCAAAGAUGACUGGAGAGAGCUCAGGGCGCUCGUGGUGGAGAUGGUUUUGGCCACUGACAUGUCCUGCCACUUUCAGCAGGUCAAAGCCAUGAAGAAUUUCCUCCAGCUGCCCGAGGGAAUUGACAAACCCAAGGCUCUGUCGUUGCUGUUACACACCGCUGACAUCAGUCAUCCAGCCAAGAACUGGGAUCUACACCAUCGCUGGACUACUUCACUGCUGGAAGAGUUUUUCCGACAGGGUGAUAAGGAGGCAGAACUUGGUCUACCUUUCUCACCUCUGUGUGACCGUAAAUCCACUAUGGUGGCUCAGUCCCAGAUUGGUUUCAUUGACUUCAUCGUUGUUCCCACAUUUACGGUUCUGACGGAUAUGACCGAGAAGAUCGUCACGCCGCUCAUCGAAGAGGCCACAAGUUCAGGCCUGGCUAGUUUCCGCAGUAUUAGUGCGGGAGAUGAGAAGCGAGGCAGUGUGAACAGCUCUGGUUCUGACAGCAGCGGAUCUCAUAACUGCUCGCUGCUCACUGUGGACCUGAAGAACUUCAAGAGCAUCUGGAACGAGGAGGUUUCUCUGAACAGAGAACGGUGGAAGACGCAGGCAGCUAAAGAGACGGAGGAGAAGGCCAAACGGGAGCAGGAGGAACAUCAGGAGGCAACGGCAGAAAACCAGGAGCACAGGAAAGACCCAGAGCUGUCGGGACCAAAGAAAGAGCAAAGGGUGGGAGAGGACAACCCAAAGCCAGGGGGGUUAAACAAACCCUCUGAAGAAAGUCCCCAUGAGAAAUCAAAGAAAGAAGAGGCGCAUCAAAAAUUACAGAACGGAGAAGUGUCUGAAGAGGCCGAAUCCCCAGCUGAUGAACAUAAGAGAGCACUCAGUGAAACUGCAAAUGCCUAGAGUGACUUCCAUUGGCGUCUUGAUGUCCGAUGUCACACACAGAGCAGUGAAUUAACCAUCAGGACAGUGCUCAGUUCUGAAGAUCCACGGCGCCCUCUAGAGGAUGCAGCUAAUGCUUACAUCACUUUGUUCUCCUCUAUUCCCUCCAAAGCUGCCAUUAUCUCCAGACUUUCAUAAGACUCUCUCUCUGAAUCUCUCUGAAUGAUGAAGGACAUAACGGACAAGAUACAACAAGCUGCUUUUGUCUGGUCUGUUUUAUUUACAGAAGCAGAUUUCAUUUCCUUCCCAAACCUUAGGUGCAUCCUUAAUGGAUGCAUCCACUAAGAAAAGCAUGCAGCAGCUGAAACGAAGCCAUCGAAUGUUAGGAUUCUUAUUAAAACCUCCAUUUCAAAUGCAGUCUAUGUUUUUCCGCAUUUGAGCAGCCUUGCAGUCAGAUGACUUGGUUUGUGUGUAAAGCUCAAACUGUGAUUUCUAUCUUAUAUAUAUAU